AGUUGCCACUUUGAAGCUAAAGCUUUCCGAGAGGUCCCUUGCCGUGUGAAGGAGAUGAUCAAAAUCGCUAAAGCACUCUCCUUCCUGAAUGGUGGGGGGUUGUUGAGGUUGCGCUCGUCGGGUUGCUGGUUGCGCGCGAUGGGAUGCCACAUACAGAACCGACAGUUGGUUCGUGUCCGGACAGCUCGGACAUCGCGUUGGUGUCGCGGGCGGCGCGUUUGAACGGCGAACGCCCAACGGCCCCCCAACCGCAAACUUUCGCCAGCAUCGCACACAGAAUGGAUCGCCCAGAGUCAGCCUUGAGCGCUGCUGACUUUCUCUCCGAAAAUCCAGGCGGCACGAAUCACGAAUUCCUGCAGUAUCUGGCGGAUCUCCGAGCUAAGGAGGUCAAGUACUCGCAAAGGUUGACAGCGGCGGAUACCCGCAAGCUCGAACAUCAUGCCCGCAGACUCAAACGUUUGCGUCGACUCGAAAGCACGAGCGAAGCAGAUUUCGCUGCGGCAAAGGCGGAGACUGCAGACCUGCAAACGAAGGCAGCGGAUGCCCAUCAAUCCCUGUCAACACACGUGGCGAGCCUGUCGGCUCCACACAAGACGCUGAUGAAUCACGUCCUACGCUACGGGGAUGGCGCUUCGGCGGCGGAUCGCGACGACAACCGGUUGCGGACGUCAAAGGGGAUCGGCAAAAAGGUCGACUACGACUACUUUGUGGGAUCGCGCGAGCUCGGCGCGGGGGAGAACUCGGGAGAUUCCCCCACCAAAGAAAAGGUCAACGGGGAUCUCAUCGCCACUAUCAAGGUGCGAACUCGUCACUUUAGAAAGAAUCCCCAAUACUCACACUUCUUUCACGCUAUAGCUGGCGAUCAGCCAGAUCCGCAAAGUCAAGAAAGAGGUGCUCGCGGAUCUCCCUUUGUCGGAUCGCUGCAAAGAUGCGACCAACAUGGCAGCGAUGAUCGCCCCUCCUUUUUUUGUUGUGGAACGCCAUAUGAUCCACUUCUUUGUUCUUUGUGAGAUCGGCAGCGAGAUCUUCCCGGUCAAAAAAUGCGGAGCGAUCCCCUUUGGCUCGGCGCACCAGGAUCUCCUGCCCUUUGCGGGGCUUGCCCGGCAAUUUUUGUUGUUCCAGCAAUUGGCGAUCCAGGCGAGCCCCGCCGCGGACUCGGCCAAGCUGCGUACGCAGGAGGAUCUCGCGCUCCGCUUGCCCGUGCCGGAUCACACUUUCGUCCCUGCCUAUGCC